AUGAAUAACCACGAACGCAUUGCGAGUGGCUCCAAAAGUCACUUAGUCAACAAAAACAAGUCAAAUCAAUCAGACACAAAUUCAAAGCACACAAAGAACAAACAUUUAGAGGAUGUUAAUGAAAUAUUUGAUAAUUCAAGCGUCGAAAUCUCAACAGAUGAAAAACAAUCCGAGAGAAAGAAUCACUCGAGACAUAAAAUCGCUGAUUUAAACAUUAAUAUCACAAAGCAGGAAUCUAUAAACAAUUUACCAUUUUCAAGAGUUACGGCCAAAUUGUUGAUUCACUUGGCACCGUCUUUCUUGAAAAAUGUAGAAGUUUCUAUCAUGGAGUAUCUUGAGGAAAUUAUGUUCAGAUAUGUUCCGCAAUUAAAAGGAUUUCCCAUAUCUCUCGAAACCAUCGGGAUUCCAGAUGGUGCUGGUUACUUGUUUGAAGAUACACCAUUUACAAGUAUCUGGGUAGAUUGCGAAAUGAUUUCAUUUAUCCCAGAGAAGGUUGGCGUGGUUCAACUUCAGUCUCCUACUCACAUCGGCAUGUUACUCUAUAGAUAUUACAACGCAUCAAUACCAAUUCAAUACAUACCAACCGAUAAAUUUAGAUGGCGGCCAAAUAAAGAGUGGACAAAACCGACUUUGGAUAUUGAAAGUGUAAGUUUAGGUAAUUGGAUUGACCUUACAAAUGACCAUGUAAUAGAAAAAGAUGAUGAGGUCGGAUUUGAAGUUGUUGAGUUGGAAUAUAAUGAAUUUGAAGAGGUUUGUACCGUAAUUGGAACUCUUGGCCCAAAACCUUCUCCUGAGGAUUUGAUUGGUUCUAGUUAUCCUUUUGAUUUCCGAGAAGAAAUUUUACAAUAUGAAGCACGGCAUGAUAUUAAACUACCUAGAAAUACUACUGGUGAAGCAUGA